AUGCUUCACUUUGUUAAAUCUAAAAAUUUGCCUUUUUCUACAGAAGAGGUCAAGAGAGUUUGUUCUAAUUGCCAGAUUUGUUCAGAUUUAAAACCAAUGUUUUAUCAAUCCGCAAAUAUCUGCGAGUUAAUCAAGUCAAUACGUCCAAUGGAUCGCCUAAGUAUAGAUUUUAAAGGACCAUUUCUAUCUAAUUCUAGAAAUAAAUAUCUGUUUACAGUCAUUGAUAAAUAUUCUCGGUAUCCAUUUGCUUUUCAAUGUCCUGAUAUUAGUUCAACAACUGUUGUGAAAUGUUUAGAACAAAUAUUCUUCUUUUGUGGUUUUCCAACGUACAUUCAUUCUGACAGAGGCUCAUCUUUCAUAUGUAAUGAAUUAAAAUCUUACCUUACUCAGAAAAGAAUUGCAGCAAGUAAUUCUACCCCAUAUCAUUCUAUUAGUAAUGGACAAGUUGAGAGAUAUAAUGGCUUGAUCUGGAAAAAUAUUUGUUUGGCACUAAAAACCCACAAGAUAGAUGUUAGAAAUUGGGAAAUUGUUCUAUCAGAUGCUCUCCACUCACUCUGUUCGCUACUUUCAACAGCAACUAAAUGUACACCCCAUGAGAGGUUAUUGGGAUGUCAGGGGUGCCAGAUGGCCUUAUAG